AUGUCAAGUCAACAGAAAAUAAGUGAUUAUUUUUCGAAGAGAAAAAAUACUGAAGAUGAAACGACUGUAAAGGAGGAGAGUAAAGUCACAGAAAAUGCCUCUGAUGAUGAUAGCAAUCAUCCAGACGAAGAUCAAAAGAUAAAGAAGAGAAAAACCAACAAUUCAAAGGAAGAAGAAGAUAAAGUUGAAGAAAAAGAUAAAGUUGAAGAAAAAGUAGAGAUUAAAGCUAAAGAAGAAGUAGAAGAGGAUAACGUAUCUACUGAAGAAGAGAAAGAGAAAGAGAAAGAGAAAGAAGAAAAAGUUGAAGUUAAAAAACCAGCGAAAUUAGUGCCAUUAAAACCAGCAGGUGGAAAGAAACAAGCAUCAAUACCACAAUUGAAAACAUCAACUUCUUCCACUUCUUCAUUGGAAUCAUCUGCACAAUCACCUGAUUCGAGUGACCCAAGAGACUUUAGCAAUAUUCUGGACUACCUCAAGGAUGAAAGUUGGAAGAAUGCUCUAAAGUCAGAGUUUGAAAAAACAUACUUUAAAAAGAUUAUCAAGGAGCUCAAUAGCACCGGUGCCAACACAAAGGAGCCAAUCUACCCACCAAAGGACGAGAUUUUCACUGCUCUCAACUGGACACCGUUAGACAAGGUAAAAGUUGUCAUUGUCGGACAAGAUCCAUACCAUGGACCUGGACAAGCUCAUGGACUUGCCUUCAGUGUCAAGAAAGGUGUCAAACCACCACCCAGUCUUGUCAAUAUCUACAAGGAGCUAACCACCGAUAUCGAAGGAUUCAAAACACCGAACCACGGAUUCCUUGAGAAGUGGGCCAAACAAGGUGUUCUGAUGCUCAACGAUACGCUCACUGUGACACAGGCCAAGCCAAACUCGCAUCAGCCAUUCGGAUGGUCGGCUUUUACCGACGCAAUCAUGAAGGUCAUCAACGAGCAAUGCGAAAACGUAGUGUUUAUAUUCUGGGGAGCGUUCGCCAAGAAGAAAGGAAAGGAAAUCUCCAGAAAGAAACACCAUGUCAUCGAAAGUGGACAUCCAUCACCGCUGUCCGUCAGGACAUUCAUGGGAACCAAACCAUUUUCGAAAACCAACGAUUAUCUCAAAUCAAUUGGCCAAGAGGAAAUCGACUGGACAUUGCAAUGA